UAUUAGGCCAUCUGCGCCGGAGGCAUCGUGUGAAUUGACCUCGGUGACAUUUGGCUACCGCAGUAGAUGCAAGCAGUAAAUGAUGGUACAGUUGAUACUAUGCUUCAUGCUGAGUGCACAGAUGUGGACGAUAGCGUAAGAAAUGCUGAAACCCGCUCGGCUCCCGGAGAUCUCGAGAAACCAUCUUCUUCCAGGGAAUAUCAUUUCUCCCGUGAUGCUAUUAUUGGCAACAAUCCGAAAACUUCACAAUCUCCAUCAAUUAGUGUCUUUGAUGAUAAAUCUCCACCGUCUGAACAAGGGGAGUCCAAAAAAAGGCCCGCUGGACAUUACAGAAAUUACAACAAUGGUUUUGCUUCGGGUCCACCAUGGCCAAUGCAAAAACGAGAAAAGCCUUGGUCAACAGUAUGUGUGUGGCAAAAGCAACAACAAAUCCAGGCUAUCGAGAAAGAGAUCAAUGUCAUGGCAACAGAGUCCUUGGUUGGAUUACGGAAUUGGAGACCUAAAUGGUUACAGCGAUUUGGUAGAAGAAAUUGGAUGUUGCUGUGGAUGUGUUGGUUUUGUACAGUACAAGGAUUACUUGUGAAUGGUUUGGUUCCUUCGGCGAUAACUUCUAUAGAACGAAGAUUUCAAUUCAACUCAUCAACUAUAGGUCGUAUCAUGCAGUUUUACGAUUUUGGCUAUGUACUUUUGUGUAUACCUGUCUCUUACUUUGGUGGACGUCACUCAAAACCGAUGGUGCUUGCAGUGGGGUUAUUACUGAUGGCAUUAGGCAGCUUUAUUUUCACAAUGCCGCAUAAUUUCUCAGAUUCAUACACUUCCACCUAUAAUGCUCAUGAACCGACAUAUAGUAAAUGCGAUCCUUCACAUACUUCUUUCGGAGCCAGAACAAAGUAUGCUGUACUGAAUAAUUCAUUUUAUUCACUAAUGUCAGCAGCUAGUGCUGAAGCUUUACGAGGGUGUCCAUCUCCCGGAAAUCAGCCCGGUACUUUUCGAUACGUGCUUCUGUUUUGUCUUGGUCAUUUUCUUCAUGGUAUUGGUGCAACACCAUUGUUUACCCUUGGUGUUAGUUAUAUCGAUGAAAAUGUUGGCCCAGCUCUUUCUUCGCUUUAUCUUGGUAUUUUCUAUGCCUUUGCAAUAUUUGGUCCGGCUUUUGGGUUCCUGAUGUCUAGUUCGUUUUUGCGUUAUCAUACUGAUUUCUUGCAGUCAGAGCUUCAUAUCAAGAUUUUAAAUAUCGAUGAAACCGACCCAAAGUGGGUGGGUGCUUGGUGGAUUGGCUUUCAGAUAGCUAGUGCUCUGGCUUUAAUUGCCGUUUUUCCCAUAUUGGUUUUGCCGAAAGUUCUUCCGGAAUCUCUUAAAUGGCAUCGAACACGAUUACACGAAGAAACAAUAGCUGGUGCAAAAAAACGUACUCCAGAAUGUUGCGGUAUUCCGUCUGCAAGCAAAACAGCUGCAGUUUGUGGACCUCUUUUACCACCAGAUAGUGAAGGUAAGGCAACUUCUUGCGCAUAUGGUGAUCGUGUGGUGUCAAACAUAGAUAGUAUUGACUGUUAUAGUAUCGGAAAUUAA